UGAAAAUUUGAAUACCUCGCAAGCAAGUGGUGGUGUUCGUUGUAGGCGUGGUGCUACAAAAUGAACAAGUUUGUGAAAAUAACAUCAACUAGCAAUAAAAAAAAUGACGACGAUGGACAGCAUGCAACAAAGCGCAAAAGAGAAACAUCGAUGGUUUGGCAGGUAUUUAAAAAAUGCAAAGAUAGCAAUACGGCGAUUUGCAACCAGUGCGGUAAGCAGUACAAAACUGGUGGAAAUACCACUAACCCCAUGGAUCACCUGAAGCGUAUUCAUCCUGCGCUACUAAAAGAGCAACCUCUAGAAAAGGAAAAAAGUUUGACAAAGUUCCUAGAGCGUGACACCCUUUACUCAAAUACGUCAGAAAAAAAAACGCAUUGACAAGCUUGUAUUAAAUAUGGUCGCGUCCGAUGUCUUGCCAUUAAAUGUGGUUAAUAAUGUAAGGUUAACAAGGUUGAUUCAUGAGCUUGAUCCACGUUACAAAAUGCCUAGUACGACUCACUUGCGAAACGUACUGUUAAAAAAUGAAUACAACAAUUU